GUGAUAACACGGUAAUUCUUCUCCAUUUGUCAUACGUUGUACAUUUACUACUGCGUGACUUUGUAUAGAAGCUCAGUAAAUUAUACCUGAAGAAUAACUUUGUGGAAGAUGUUGGAUCACAACACUUGGGCAAUGCUCUACGAAAGAAUCGAAUAUUUGAUUCUGCAAAUAGUCAGUUUGGAACUGUCGGUAUUCAAUAUUUGGCUGAUGCUUUACAGGAAAAUACAACACUUCUUCGACUUCAUUUUGAAGAAAAUGACGUGGGCGAUCUCGAAGCACAAUAUUUGGCUAAUAUUUUACAUGCCAAUAGAACGCUUAACACAUUCUUGAUCGGGUCGAAUCCUUUUGGUCACCACGGAGCACACCGGCUAGCCGAUGCUCUAUGCAACAAUCUGCCCAAGCUUUGCCCUGCUGCAACCAGUAGUACGAUUGGUUCAUAUCCAUAUGCAGUCUUUAUUGAUCAAAACAAUAAGAUCUACGUGACCAAUCAACAAAUGAGUUCUGUUCAAGUAUGGAUCAACGACUCUUCGCUUCCAAAAACAAUUGCUAUUCGAAAUAAUAAUUAUCCAAUAAGUCUGUUUGUUACAGAUGAUGGUACUAUUUAUGUCGAUGACAAUAACAAUUAUGUGACCAGUUGGCUGCUAAAUAAAACAGGCAAUCAAUCGUCAUUAUAUACGGGUGAAACAUGCUAUGGUCUUUUUAUUGACAAAAACAAUUCACUGUACUGUUCCUUAUCUGAUAAUCAUAUAGUCAUCACACGAUCAUUGAAUAGAAGUGAUAAUCAAACAGCAAUUGUUGCAGGUAGUAAUUGCUUUGGAUUUUUGGGUAAUAGUCUAUAUUAUCCCAGGGGAAUAAUUGUUGAUACAAAUUACAGUCUAUGUGUAGCUGAUUGCCAAAAUCAUCGAGUUCAACUUUUUCGUUUGGGAGCCGGAAAUACAACGACAAUUGCUGGUUGGGGGCCACCUGUAACAAUCACAUUAUAUUACCCUAGUAUAUUUUAG